AUGGCAGCUCUGGUCCCUCGAAUUCGCGGUUUCAAUCUCGCGGUAUUGGUGAUAACACCCGCGCUCGGGCUGUACGGUCUCUGCACCGUGCCAUUCAACCUUGCAACCACUAUAUUCUCUGCGAUAUUCUACGUUUUCUCGAUGCUCGGCAUCACAGCCGGCUACCAUAGGCUAUAUUCUCAUCGUGCAUACUCGGCAUCGGUGCCGAUUCAGCUCUUCCUCCUUCUGGCUGGAGCCUCAGCCGUUCAGGGGUCUGCCCUCUGGUGGUGCAGAAGCCACCGCUCGCACCAUCGAUACACCGACACUCCAUUGGAUCCGUACAACUCUCACCGCGGGCUUCUCUACACCCAUAUCGGUUGGAUGGUCCUGAAACCCGCUCCCUCGCCCGGAUCAUCAGAGGAGAACCCAGGAACGGGCUCACGCCUCGACGGCAAGCCCGGGAGGUCCAACGAUAGCGACCUUCGCAAUGACAAGCUGGUCAUGUGGCAGCACGUCAACUACUUCCCGAUCGCCUUCUUUAUGGGGUACUUCCUGCCGUGCUUGGUCGCGGGAUGGGGCUGGGGCGACUGGCGAGGGGGCUUGUACUUCGCAGGAAUGGUCCGGCUCACGCUCGUACAUCAUUGCACGUUCUGCGUGAACUCGCUAGCUCAUUACCUCGGCACGACCCCAUACGAUGAUAAGCUAUCGCCUCGCGAUCACAUCAUCACCGCCAUAGUAACCUUGGGCGAAGGACAUCAUAAUUUCCAUCACCAAUUCCCAACGGACUACCGAAAUGCCAUAAAAUGGUAUCAAUGGGACCCGACCAAGUGGUUCAUUUGGACCUGCAGCAAGCUGGGUCUUGCCUACCACCUGAAGACGUUCCCGUCGAAUGAGAUCAAAAAGGGGGAGUUGACGAUGAAGAUGAAACAGCUCAAGCAAGAGCAGGACAGCCUCACAUGGCACAAAGAAGUAGCCGAUCUGCCCGUGGUUACAUGGGAACAUUUCCAGGAUCAGGCCAAGGAACGGACACUCGUUUUGAUCGCCGGCUUCAUUCACGACUGCACCGCUUUCGCCCAGAACCAUCCCGGCGGCGCGAUGAUCGUCGAGAAGUCAUCGGGGAAGGACAUGACGGCGGCCUUUUUCGGAGGCAUAUACAGUCAUUCAAAUGCAGCCCACAACCUGCUUUCGAUGAUGCGUGUCGGCGUCCUCGAGGGCGGGGUGGAGACGACGCACGACGCGCCGCCCGAGCGCGUCGUGGCGAACCUCCGACCCGAGGACAUUAAUAUAGACUUCAGGGUUCCGCCGGCCCGCAAGCUGAUGAUAGUUGAGGCGACAAAAACCCAGCAGGACCUGCAAUAA